AUGGAUAAUCAAAGCUCAAUAGAGGAUGGAAACAACAUGUUAUCUACUGAUGACUCACACACGCAACUUAGAUCUGAAGAUAUCUCAGAAAGCAGCUACAUGGACUCUGAAACACUAAGCCGAUUUACACAUCCUAAUCUACAGUUGGAAAAGGUCGACAUGGACAGUUUGGGUGAACUUUUUGAGCACUGCAUACAGCGAGUGUCCCAUCUAGAGAAGCAAAGAGAUGAGCUGAUACAGGAGCAAGGUGUGCAGGAACCCAUGCUGCAAGUUGUGGAGCGCCUGCGAGAGAAGCUGGAGGGAACACGGAGGCUUCUCUGUCUGGCUCAGCUGGAUUAUGUUGCUGGUUGUGAGGAAGUUCAGCAGGUAAAGAGGAAGCUGUUUACCACAGCCAGAGACUGCAUCCAGAGCCAGGUAAAGCUAGCCGAGCAGGAGUACGAGGUGGCUCAGUCUGCUGUUACACAGGAAGAGCUCAAGGUUCAUAUCCAAAAUCUGACCCAGGAGUUGUUGCAGCGGUGGGACGCCCACCAGAACCAGCUCAAUUCCCUCCGUGAUCAGGCCACUAACACCUGCAGACGCAGGGCCAUGAGUGACAUCGGCCAGUGUCGCCAGGCUUCCAUGAGACUGCAGCGAAGGCUCAGCGGCAGCGUGAAGACACUGGAAGGCUGGUAUGAACCACGCCUCACUGCCCUGCUAAAGAGAAGGCAGUUUGGAGAGGAAGCCUUGAGAAAAACCAGGGAGCAGGCGAUGGACAUGAGGGCCAGGCUGAGGCCUCUGAGAGAAGAGACGCAGAGACUGGAGGUGCAGAGAUCCUGUCUGCAACAGAGGAUCAGUCUUAUGGAGGCAGAGAGGAAGGAAAGCAUCAUAGAACAUAAGGAGACUAUAGAGAAACUACAAGAGACGCUGAUGAAAGAACUAGAAGUGGAGUUUGAGGUUCAGAAAAAGUCAAAGAAAGAUUUGGAAGAUCUUAAAGAUGGCCUUUUAGCCGAGCUGACAUUUCUGAGGGGCUGUGAACUCAGCGAUACUACAGAGGAAGACUCGUAA